UGUGGGAACGGAAUCAUAUUCCGUAUUUUAUCGUGUUGAUAUAAUGUCACGUGGCGACGCCGGGUAUAUGAGUUACGAUUCUGUUUAUGGUCUUAAAUCGGAUGGAAGUAGCCGUGAUAAUUACGACAACUUUGGUGCUUAUAAUGAGUAUGUUGAAGAUGGUCAAAGCAUGAAAAUUUCAGGACAUGACGACAAUUUUAAUAAACGUGAUCAUUAUGAACACGCAUAUUAUACAACAUCAAAUGAUUCCGCAAACAUUGAUCAUAUAUCUAAUUAUAAACAGCGCAUUUAUGCGCAUUCUCCUUCAUCCUCUUUAAAUGAAAACUUAACUCAAAUUCCUUCAUCGGAUCAUAUUGAAAAUGGCAUCCUUCUGGGCUCACAUCAAAGGGUAACUCAGAGGUCAACAGCAAAAAAUGGCAAUACUUUGAGGUCUCCUGCAUUUCCUCCUCCACUUCCACAAUAUUCUCCAAGACUAUCACCAACGCGUCAACCGAAUAAUAUUUCUCCAACAUAUAAUACCUCUCCCACAUACAAACCACCUCCAUCACCAACAUUCAAACCACCUCCAUCACCCACAUUCAAACCACCUCCAUCACCCACAUUCAAACCAUCUUCAUCACCCACUUUCAAACCACUUUCAUCACCAAGAGUUUAUCCAAGAGAUUCAUCAUUAAAAGGAAAUGGUAAUAAUGUAGCUCCUGUUAACUCACGAGAUCGGAAUAACCAUUCGUCAUUACCUGCCAUGACAAAUAGACAACGUCAACAGCAUUUCAAUCAACGUUCUAAUACUCAUGAUGGCCAGAUACAACUUCCUCCACCUAUUCAACUAAUUAAUUCACAAGAUUCCCCUAAUCCGGAUGAUGCGAUAUCACCAUAUGAUGUCUUUGAUUUAAUUAGUCAUUAUUCGGACAAUACCGAUAGCUCUGAGAAGACUGAAAACCCCUCUAAUA